AUGAGCAACCCCGAUGAUAUGUUGCUGGAGCUCAUGUAUGAGUACAAACCGCACUUGCAGUCUUACCGGCACCGCUUGAACACCUGGAACGAGCUGCUGCAGGCCUUUAACAAAGCCACGGGCGCUAACUAUCGCCAGAGCAGGACUCUCAAGACUCGAUUCGAGAAAGUGAAAGAGCUUUUCGUCAACGGAGAACAGUUACCAUUCAAAAACGUCGCUCUAUUGCAGAAAUUAUUAGACGAGUGCGGCCAGGAUACCCGACUCCCUGAGGACAGAAGUCUGUCAGAGCAGUAUCAAUCUUCAGAACAGUCCAACACUCCAUUUACCCUUGGAAAUCCAGAUAGCCACGAAAACUCUCAAAAACAGCAACCACUACAGUCACUAUCACAACGAGACACUGAGUUUCUGUCUGAGGGUGAAGAUCAAGAUGCUUCAAGGCUGCCACCACUAGAUUCUAUCACGAUUUUCCCUCACACUCAAAUGCAACGGUUUCAAGAACAGCGAUUUGCGAAAGAUGGCGGUUACGUGGCUUCUGAAGAGGCUUCUAGGUAUCGUCACGGUCAACCUUUCCAUCCUGAUACCUCUGGGUCACAUUAUAUAGGCACCAAAGAACACAUCGCUGCUGUUUUGGAAUCUCUAAAGUCGGAUUUUCAAAAUAACAACUCGUUAGACCAUUCCUCAGAAGAUAUAAAUUCUUUGGCCGCGCUUCGGAACGAAGUCGCUAUCCUGAAGCAUAAUCAAGAAAUAUUCCAGACUAGCGUCCUGGCGAAAUUAGACAAUAUUGCCAAGCUUUUGCAUUCAUCAUCUGAUUUUCCAAAGUACAACUCUCAAUUUCCUCAAGGUCAAGGUCAUGACCGCUAA